CCUGGAACCGGGCUUGCCUGUUCCCGCUCUCCCUCCAUGGGCUGCACCCAGCCAUCCAUCUCCUCAGUCAUCACUCGCUCGCUCAUCACUCACUCACUCACUCUCUCUCUUGCAGCGCGGUCCGCGAUCCGCAUCACAAGGCCGUCUUCCCACAUGAGUCCAUGUCUGCCCUCGUCCCAGCGGAGGUCGCCGUAGUCGACGAACCGCAUUGCUCAGUUGCAUUCUCGUGCCGUGGGACCGAACCGAGUCAGCCGGCGCAACAAGCAUUGUAGUCGAUGCCGAACCCCCCGUCCAAUACUUUUACUGUAGCAUUCGGCGACCAACACAAGCUGCACGCGGGCAUCGGAGUGCCGAGUACGGAGCACGGAGCACGGCGUGCACGGCAUCGUCGCUGCGUACCUUCUACCUGUUCUCUGCUGGCUGCUGGUUCUGCGGCCGCCGCCAGCCCACCAUGAUCUGGUACCUCUUGUACCCUUUGCGAGGAACAACAGAGGCACCCGUCCUGUCUCCGACCCAUCCUCUCUACAGCCUCCCGGCGCGCUAUGGCCGCUAUGCUGCUCGUCACGUCGUCACCACCCUGCUCAUAUCCGCCGCCGUCGCCACCAUCCUCAUCUACCCCAUACCGUUUCUCUUCACCAGUGACUUCAUAAACGGCGCAUCAAACCUUCCCCGCCAUGUCUGGACUGUCGCCCAGCCGUUGUCCUACCAGGCCGUCGCGGAGCCCGACAUCAUCAUGCGCUCAAUAUGGGUCCACGCCAGCUACAUGGAGGCCCUCAACACUGACCUCCUCUUAUCCGCCCUCGACCUGCAAGAUGAGCUGCUUGGCAUGACCAAGAACUUCCGCCCAGCGACCGCCCGUGGAGUCCAUGUCGGCGACGUGCACGACGGGACCAUGACCCUGACUCAAAGGGACGCUUUCCAUGUCGCCAACGGCUUGACCAACCAGUCGUGGUUCUUCCACUCUCCCUUGCUCUACUGGCGCUGCUCUCGCGAGAGGAUCCUCGCCGACCAAGACAUCCUCGUGACCAUCAACGACAAAAAGAACCAGUCCACCUCUGCCAAUGUCACCCUCCGCCACUCCAUCGUCUUCAGUGGUAAGCGCUUUGAGGAUCGCCGCCUUGUCGCGGCCGACACCCUCGUCAUCACGCUUCUUCACCUUCGCGACUCCCCCAUCGGCCGCCAGUGGGAAAGCAGAGCGCUCGACCUGCCUCGAAAAGUACAAGACAAAUGGGACAUCUACCCCAGUGACGGGCAUGCUACGCGCAACCAGCUCUACGAGUUCCAAUUCCGCCCAAUGUCCAUGCAGGACAUGGCCAGCCUCGCCAUUGCAUACGGACUCACCUUCCUGUAUUUCCUCAUGAGCCUGUCGAAGCUCAUGGCAGUCAAAUCCAAAUUUGGCCUCAUGGUAACCAUUGCGACGCAAAUCUUCUUUGCCACCAUGUCCAGCUUUACCGUUUGCGCAAUCUUCAAUAUCGACCUCUCUCGUAUCCCACGCGCGGCCUAUCCGGUGGUCAUCCUCGCCAUGAGCUUGGAACACAUAUUCAGGCUCAUCAACGCCGUCAUACUUGCCCCCUUUGAGGACAGCGUCAGUAAUCGGAUUGGACAAGCCUUUGGCCAGACCGCCUACACAGCCUUGGCCAGCACUCUGCAGAAUGUUCUGAUCCUGGCAGGCUUGUCCCGUCUAGUAUCACAUGGUGUGUCCGAGUUCUGUCUGUUUGCGGCUGUAGCCAUCGUUUUCGACUUCUUUUACCUAUGUACCUUCUUUCUGGCCGUGCUGAGCGUCGAUGUGCGCAGAAUGGAGCUUGGAGACGCUCUUGCUAAGGCCUCCAUGAAACACAAACGCAAUGCCGGAGACAGUCGCACUCGCCGAUCGUGGUGGGAUUACCUCCUUCAGGGUAGGGUUGCCAUGUCGACACGAAUUGCCGGGACCAUCGUCAUGUUUGGAUUUGUCCUGAUCGCCCAGUGGCAUUUCUUCGGCAACGAAGGUCUGUUCCGAAAAACCGUCGGGACGUGGAUUGGGUCCGAUGCCCAUGUCGAAAAUUCAGAGUCGCCUUUGCUUGAAGAUAUACAUCAAGCGAGAAGCCCCAGAUCGUGGCUGCGGAUGCAAGAUCACGAGACGGCUCAGGAGGUUAUCAACAUCAUCAAGCCAUCGUCGUACAGCUAUACAGCGCGCGUAUAUGAACCUGUCGUCUUUGUGCUGAAGGGCUCGGACCGCACACCGCAUACUAAAGAGCCGACUUUGCUCCCCGCUGUUUACGACUUUAUUCACCAUGAGCUGGCUCGCUUCGUUGUCAUCGUCGUUGUGGUGGUGGCAGCCCUGCGACUCUUGACUAACUAUCUCUUAUGGGAGGAUGAAGACGACCGUGAAUCCAACAGCGGCCCCCUGAUGUCAGUCAAGUCUCUCGCUCAGGGUCAUCGGAUGGACAUUGUGUCAAUGACGAGCUCGAAUGACGGGCACAUCGUGUCGGUCAGUCUUGAUUGCACGAUUCGAGUCUGGUCUGUCCGUGGCACUGGAACGAGCUACGUUAUCGCCAGGGGCGAAGAGGCCGCAGCAAGCUUGUGUCCGGUCAUGGUAAUGGCGAUCGACUCCAGAUCCAGGUGGCUAGCACUCUUAUCACGGCCAAAGAGAGCGGAGCACCCGACGGUCAGUUUCUGGAACCUAGCUGACCGCUCAUGGGGGCCAUCAGUCUGCGUUCCUGCCUCAAGGAACAGACCGGCCGCGUUCUUCUUCGACCCACGUGCAUCGGAUAGCGAGCCGCAAGUCCUGAUCGUGCACGCUGACGGCACACUGACGAGCGCGUCUGCACUGACGUCAAUCGAGGGCGACGCUGUUGCAACUUUUCCCCCAGGGAUAACGUGUGCCCGUCUGGGCACUGCCAAAGGGGAUCCGGGCCAUGUGGGACCAAAGGUUACCAUCAUGGCUGUCACUAGGCUUGGCGACGUUCACAUGGCUACACCGGAGAGUGGCGUGUGGACAUCACAGCGCCUGGCAAUAGAAGGCCUGGGCGAAUCUAUCUCGCACUUCAUUGAGUUCUUACAGCCGUUGAACUUGUACCUAAUAUCCGGAUCCACCUGCGUCUAUCUCAUCAGCGGCCAUGAUGGAUCUGUCAUGCAGACGCUUCAGACGGAGCGGAUGCUCCCUCGACCAUUGAAAUGCGCCUUCUCCUGCCAUCCGCAGUCUGAACCGGACACAAUUGGCCUCACAUGGUUUGCGCUGGGCUAUGUUGAAGCUGACUCGAGAGCGGUAAUCUUGCACACAUUUGUUCCUCCGGAAGACUGCGACGCCAUCUACUUGCGGAUGCCGAAUGAUGUGUGCAACAGCGAUUGGUGCGCGUGGGAGACGUCUAAACAAACCAAAAAGCGUAUAUCUAACCCCGGGCUAUGGGACAUGGUGUGCGAUGGCAGUCUGAUCGGCGUGCGGCGCAAGCCGCAGUCGGGAAAGCCCAGUUCAGAGGACAACAAUGGCGCGCCGGGUCUUCGAAACCGUUCAGCCAAGCGCGGUGGUGGGCAAGGUCCAUUUGACAGAUGGGAACUAUGGACGGCAUCACCCGGGGGCCGGUCCGAGGCUGAUGAAUGUCAGCGACUGGUCGAAAAGGGUGAAGAGGCGAAACAUCUGGUGAUCACAGAGCUGGGACCCAAGGCGCGAGUGGGCAUGAACUCGGUUGCCUUUGCUUUCGGGGAUAUGAUCAAGUUGGUCAUGCUCGGAGCAACAGCGCGCCUGGAAGGUAGCGAGGAGAACCAGGCGCGGGAUUCGACAUUGAGUGCCGGGAGUCGGCGCCGCAGAGCAGGUGUGGGAGCCAAGUCGAGGGUUGCCUCGUGAGCGGAUGUUUUAAUUUCUGUGCCUUGUUGCUGUUGUAUGUACGAAAUACCAUGUCUGGAGUAGAACUGAACAUAUACAGGAUGGAGGGUGGCGUUUGGAUUGGGUCCUCGAGCGGCUCGAGGGAACACGACAGUCAAGGCAUGGCUUAAAUGAGUAGAGUAGGCAGACUUGGCCCUCUUUCGCGGUUGAGAUAGCGGCAACUGAAGACCCAAUGGC